AUGGAUCAGGACAGGGCCAAGAGGAUGUCGCGCAUCCCGCAGCUUACGCCAAAGCCGAAGCCAACCAGGCGCGCUGAGCCGUCGAGGCAGAGCGACAGCCUGAGGCCCAAGCCUGCCGCAAAGCCAGCCGUGCCCGUGAGGUCAAAGCCCGCCUCACGACUUGGGAGCACCGCUUCCAAGCAGGGCUCAGUGAUGGGCCGGCUUGGGAGUGGCUCACCGCAGGGAAGCCCCAUGGCCAGGCGGACGUCCUCCACAUCAGCAAGAGAUGUGCCCACGGCGUCGGUUGCGCAGACCUCCAGGGAGGGGCCGUUGCAGAGGAAGACCACGCCUGUCAGGGAUGUGCUCACGGGAAGACAAGGCCUGCAGGGCAGGCAGACCACAGCUGCGUCCACCAGCAAGGCAUCGACAGCCAGAAUCGGCACAGGGUUGAUGGCGAAGUCGACGCCAAGCCGGCCGUCGUCCGCCGCGAGCAACAGGUCUUCUGGGUCUGCCAGCGUGGGUAACAGGUGGAAUGCCUCAGUUGCCCGGUCGCCAUCAGCAACAGCCAGGCUUGGGUCCAGCGCCAAGGAGGGGCUGCCUCUGAGGACAGGGAGGCUUGGGUUGUCGAGGGAGCCAGUACUAACAAAGAAGGCGACCCCUGUCAGGGACAUAACAGGUGCAAGGCUGCAGUCAAGCGUGAAGGAGACUAUAGGAAGCAGGACAGGGUCGGCUGCAAGGCAGGCGUCCAUAGGCAAGCAGGAAACAGGGUUGAGGCACACCAUCGGACUGAGGCGCACAAGCGGGAGGUUGGGAGAGAGCAGCUCUGCAGGCGCUCAGCCAUCUGAGGGCGUCAGAAAAUCGAGUUCAGGGGGCAUCGGCCAAUCUACACACGAUUCUGUGCUGCCACAGCGGUCCCCAGCAUUGCGUCGGGUGCAGCAGGUGUCGCAGCAGGACAGGGGCCGUGUCUUGAGUGAAGACAAGGAUACCGCCAGUCUGAGGAGGAGCACAAAGGUGCAGGAGCCGCCGAAGGAAUCGGUCUUCCCCGGACGAAUGGAUGACCACGAGCCAAAGGUGAAUCCAAGGCAUCAGGGAAUGGCGGCGCUGAGGAGUGCUUCAGCUGCAAGAGCGCAAGGUUCUUCACACCCCCGAGAUGUUCCAUUCCGAUCCCGAUUGACUCAGCCCCUGGGCAGCGAUGAGUUCAGGUCGAUGCUGUCAUCCCCUUCUGGUUCUUCUCGUCGAUCGCCAGAUCGUUCCUCUUCGUUCUCUGCUGAAGAAUUUAGCGACAUAAGUGAGCAGCCUCCCGCAUCUGCAGGGCUGAUGCGCAACACCUCAAACCCUUUCAUCUCAGAGCAGGGUGAUGCGAACUUCAGCUUUGGGUCGACGCCCAGCAAGGCACCUGACCAAGAUCGGAGGCCCUCUUCUCGAGGGCGCCCACUUUCUGCACAGCUGCUUGCAUCCAGGUAUGCUGCAGAGCCAUCUGCGCUCCUGGACUUGGAUGCUGAAUCGAGCUUCACUGGAUCAGAGCGAUCCCAUGAACGCAGUACAUUCUCGCCGACAGGCAGACUGGGUGAGGAAGAGCUGAGGAGGCAGGGAUAUCAUGGGCGCCGUGUGUCCGAGGACUCGGAAGGAGGGUUUUCGGAAGAGUUGGCUGCAAGGCAGGAUUCGCUCAUGAGCUUUGGCAGGGAUUCGAUACCAAGCACUUUUGAGGACUCUGAUGAUGAGGUGCCAACAGGCCGACGCUCUGCUGGACAGAACAGCACUCACAGCUGUGCGACGAGCGAGCUGUCCUUCAAGGAUAUGAACACAUCUCCCAGGAGCGUAGAUAGUCUAGAGGGAAGCCGUGACGCCUCUUCAGACAACACAUCCCCUCGCACGCCCACUGAGCACCGGUCAGCUUCCAGGGGCGAGCGUUCGCGUCCCUUUGUAUCCUCACCUCUGAAGUCUCGAUCAAUGGGCCCAGGAGGUAACGAGCGGCCGUCCAGCAGAAGCUCAAUCAGCUCGAGGGCAUCAAGGCAGGGCGAGGGAACUUCCAAGGCAGGCUUGUUGAACAGUGGAAGUGGUGGUUCUCCGCUUGCCCCGGAGGUGACGUCCCUGCACCUGGAGCUCGAAUCUGCUUUGCGGCAUGCAGAACAGGAAAUGGAGGAUCUCCAGCGGCAGGUGAAUGGGAAAAACCAACAGAUGCAGCAGGCACAGAAGGCAUUGCUGGCAUACGAGGACGAGGUCAAUGUUCUCCAGAAACGGCUGCAGGACAAUGAGAAAGAACUGGCAGCAUUGGCGCAGCAGAACGGCUCAAAUCAUGGGCGCACCAAAUCGCAGGAGAUGGUCAGGGACGAGUUGAAGCAAAUGAAGUCCCAGACGGCCCAACUGUCCACAGGCCUUCGCCGCCUCAGCGUGGGCUCCGAUGCUAGUUUCUCCAACAGCAUCGACGAUGCGAAGUUUGAUCAGCUGCGCAUGGAACUGGAGGCGCUCCAAGCGGACAACCGUGCAUUGGCUGCACAGGUCAAGGCUCUGGAGCAGGCAGCCGCGGCAUCGUCGGACGAGAUCGUCUCAGACUUGAAGAAGGAGCUCCAGGGAGCACAGGCGGAGAAAGCCGAGCUGCAGCAGGGGAUGGAAGAGGUGAAGGUCGACAAGCAGCGGAUUCAAGCAGAGCUGCUGCAGGCCCAGGAGGAGUUGAGAUGCGUCUUGUCUGAGACGCACGACGCCGAUGCAGAGGUGCAGGUGUACCUUCAGCGCUUGGAGGAAGCACAGAAUCGCAAGGAGAUGUUGGAAAGGGACUUGCAGCAGGCAGAGGGGGAGCUUGGCUCAUUGCAGACUGAGAACGAGGAGCUCCAGGCCCGGUUUAAGGAGCUUGAGCAGCUGGUGGAGGAAAACAAGCAGCUCACUGACGACAACAGGCGACUGAAGGAGACCCUUGAAUCGGAAGCAAAGGUCAAACAGGACGCCUUGGAGGAAACGCAGAUGGCCGCUGAUGGCUUGGCCCGAGAGCUGGAGUCGGUGAGGAAGUGCCUGAAUUCAAUGGAAGAAGAGAAUGACUCGUUGAGGGAGCAGUUGGCUAAUUCCCCCAGGGCGACUGUGGUCUUGCGGUCCGUCGGUGAGGAGUCAUCUGUUAUCUCUGACGAUGCUGGGUCCAGCAAUGUGCACAAGGUCGCACAGCUGCAGGAGGCGCUGUCGCUGUCCCUGCAGAUGAACAGAUGCCUCAAGGACCACAUUGCGCAGGCCUCUGACAGGAGGAGUGUCUCCCCCCUCAUGGACAACCUUAUGGAAGCUGAGAUCGAGACGGAGGCCGAAACGAUGCGCAAGGUCAAAGAGAUGGAGGAGGCGCUUGAACUGGCGUUGGAGGCGAAGGACCUGUUGGAGAAGAAGGUUGCUGAGCAUGAGGAGGUGCACCCUGGAUUGGAGCGUCUGAACGAGGAAGUUCAGAACCUGAUGGUCGAACUCGAAGGCGAAAGGAGCCGGGCACGGGAGGAGCAGGAAGCUGUUCAGGCCAUGAUCCAGGAGUUGGAAAACGAGAAGAAGGACAAGAUGAACGACCUACAACAGGUCCGGCAGGCGCUGCUGGUCGCCCAGGACGCCAAGGCGCGGGCGGAGGAGGAGCUGGAGGCGGAGAGGGCCGCCAGCGCAGAGCUGCGGGCCCUGCUGGACCGCGGCACGGCGGGGCAGGGCCGGGAGGGCAAGGUCGAGGCCGUGCAGGACUUCCCUGGGCGCAAGGCGGGCAGAAAGAGGGAGCUGUCCGGCUCCGCGGACCUCAAGGCCGGCCUGGACGUGGAUUCGUCCGACGGCUCCCCCCUGAGCGCCGCCAAGCUGAGGGCCCCUGUGGAGUUCGGCGACGAGGCGCAGCUGCGGCGGGCGGCCAUCGCGGCCGUCAGCCGGUUGGAGGAGCUGGAACAGGAGCUGAGCAGCGCCGUGAAGGAGAAGUGUGACCUGGCGCAGCAGAUGGUGGACAUUAGCGUGGCCAGCCAGGAGCUGCAGAAGGUGGUGCUGGAGACGGCGCAGAUGACGUCGGAGAUGUCGGUGAGCAAGGAGCGGCGAGCGGGGCGCGCGCGGACGGCGGCCCGCGGCGGCAGCGGGGACGACCCCCUGGUGGGGGUGGCCAUCAAAUCGGGCAGCGCGGAGCUUGACCUGGACCUGUCCGGCGCCAGCGAUUCGGAGGACGUGUCGAUCCCGGCCGGCAAGCUGCGCGGGAUGCGGUCCGAGCUGCUGAGGGCCCGGCAGGAGAAGGCCGCCCUUGAGGCCCAACUGGCGGAGCGUUCGCGGCGCAGCGGGGACUUCUCCAGCGAGCUCAAGGGCCUGCAGGAGGAGCUGCGGGCGGCGCUGGCGAUGAAGGAGGAGCUGACGUCGCGGUUCGGCGAGUACGAGGCCGGCAAGGCGCGGAUGGGCGAGGAGGUGGGCCGCCUGACGGCCGACCUGGAGGCGGAGAAGCGCAACGCGGCGGCGGUGGAGGAGGCCGUGGGCGGGCUGUACGCGCUGUGCAAGGAGGUGGAGUCCAGCGCGGGGAUGGACGGGCGCGGGAGGAGCAUGGACGACGACUUCCCCAGCAAUCUGCCGGACGCCGUGAGCCACCUUACCGGGAGGAUGAGGGAGGGGAUAUGCUCGCUGGCAUCCCGGGGGCGGGGUGGGGGCGCGGAAGGUUUUGCCGGGAGGGAAGGGGAGGCCCCGGGGCAGGCGGCGGGGCCCAAGGGGGCGCAUAUCAAGGCGUCGGGGUCGGUGGGCAGCGAGCAGAGCCCAGACAUCGCCAGGGCGGAGGAGAUUCAGGCUCAGCUGGCGGAGCUGCAGGACGCGCGGAACCAGCUGCAGGAGGUGCUGCAGGAGCGCGCGUACCAGGCGGCAAACGGCCGGCCGGGGUCCCAGGCCGGGAGCCCGCUGGCGGCCGCAAAGCAGGGCAGGUUUGGGUACAUGCCGAGCCGGGAGCUGCAGAGGGCACAGCAGAUGUCGGUGCACCAAGAUGCACUGCAGCGGCAGGGGAUGGAUGGGGGCAGGUGGCAGGGGGAGCAGGAGGCAGUGGCGCAGCAGGGGCCACCGGGGGCCCUGCAGGCUGCCAACUACAAGGAGGGCGAGAUAAGGCAGCUCCAGGGCGUGAUGCGGAACAUGGAGCUGGAGAUGGAGGCCUUGAGGCAGCGGAAUGAGCAGCGGGGGGGAGGCGGGGCCCAGGGCGUGCCGGGCGUGCUGCGGGGGCGAGAAGGGGGGUACCCGCCGCCGCCGGCACCCGACAACGUGGCCCAGAGGGUAGCGGGCCUGCAGUCAAGGGCACAGGAGUUGGAAACACAUCUCCUCCAGGUGAAGCUUGAGAAUGCGGAACUGAAAAAGGCGAUUGAUGCGGUGAACGGCAUUGCCAGGGGAAGGAUCAGAUGA